AUGAAACCAACAAGCCUACAGUCUUUUAAAUUAACCAUUAAACCGCUUAACCCACCCAAAAGCAUUGCUGAGAUUAGAUCAAUUAUAUUAAAUACACCGAACAUAAAGGGAAAAGAAACUGGUUUAUCAGUGAAUCAUGAAAUUAAAUCCAAGAGCAUUAUUGAUACAAAAAAUAAAAAUAUCAAGUUAAAAUCGAAAUUAAACACCUUACAGAAGAAGAAUUCCAACAUAACAAAACAUUUUUUUAAUGAUAUAUAUGAAAAAUUUAAUGCGAUGUAUAUGGCUCCCACAGUUGUAGAAUUGAAUAAAGUUAAUUCCUUUUUUAAUAACUGUGGCGUACAGUUUGAGUGGAGUGCACCGAAGUACUCAGAUAUCCCCCUGAAACCAACACCUAGAUUGAAACCACUAUCUCUUCAUUUACCAGAAGUGGCAUUCUUAGGUAGAUGUAACUCCGGGAAAUCAACACUGUUAAACAAUCUGGUUACACGGGCAAGUGUUAAAAGGGACUUAAACCCACUGGCUCGUGCUUCUAAAAUAGCAGGUUAUACAAAAACAAUCAAUAGUUUUAAUAUUGAAAAUAAAUUGAAGAUUAUUGAUACACCAGGUUAUGGCGUAAAAGGCACUAAAGAGCAAGGAAUAGCCACCAUGGAAUAUUUACAAAAAAGGAAGAAUUUAAAAAGAACAUACAUUUUGAUUCCAAUAGAUUCUGGAUUUACUAUCUAUGAUUCGCAGAUCAUUAAUUUUUUGGGUGAAAAUGGUAUUCCUUUCGAGAUCAUUUUCACUAAAAUGGAUAAACUAUUCAAACUUUAUGGCCAAAAUCUUGAUUCGGAUAAUAACACCCAAGUUAUAGCAAAGUUAAAUGACAUAAUUGUAAAUAGUGAAGUUGAUAAACUACCUACACUACCACAAUUAUUAUUUGUCAAUUCUGUGAUCAAUAAAAAAAUUGAUAAAAGAUAUGGUAUUGAUAAAAUAAGAUAUUCGAUUCUACAAGCAUGUGGAAUAAUAUAA